GUGUGUGGUAUUACGAUAUCUUCUUCAAUCACUCUGUCGGGGGACUUGGACGUGGUUGAAUCUAUCACCACCACCGCCACCACCGUCACCGCUUUGAUUCUUCGUUUUUAUUUUCUUCAGAGGUCGGCGACUCUCUCGUCUCUCUACAAUUAACCAAACGACUUCGUUUUAUCUUGUCCAUGGCCGAGUUGACUCAGGCCGAGGUUUACUCGACUCGGCCCUCUCUGCAACUUCUGAGGACUCUGUUGAACUGGCUUGGAUUCUUCUUCCAGAUCUUCCUCAGAAUCAUCAGAGCUCUCGGCCAUCACACUCUCCUCUCCUCUUCUCUGCCCUUCAAACCCUUGCCCGUCGUCGAGUUGCCGGAGACCGAUCCUGCCACCACCGUUGACGUCUCCCCAGCCGUUCCUCCCUCGGUCGCCGUCGACCGUCUCGAGAGACUAACGGUUGUGCUUGAUUUGGAUGAAACUUUAGUAUGUGCAUACGAGACAUCAAGUUUGCCAGCUGCUCUGCGCAAUCAAGCCACCGAGGCUGGAUUGACGUGGUUCGAGCUGGAAUGCAUAUCUUCUGAGAAGGAAUGUGAAGGAAAGCCUAAGAUAAAUUACGUUACGGUGUUUGAGCGUCCAGGAUUGCAAGAAUUUUUGAAGGAACUUAGUAAAUUUGCAGAUCUUGUGCUGUUUACUGCUGGCCUUGAAGGAUAUGCAAGACCUCUUGUUGACAGAAUAGAUGUGGAAAGUCUAUUUAUGCUUCGUCUUUAUCGGCCUUCAACAAUUAGCACGGAGUAUAGGGAGCAUGUGAAAGAUCUCUCUUGCUUAUCUAAAAAUCUAUGUCGGACAGUCAUAGUUGACAACAAUCCAUUCAGUUUCUUGCUGCAACCAAUUAAUGGAAUUCCUUGUAUUGCUUUCACUGCAGGGCAACCACGCGAUACACAGCUGCUGGAUGUUCUUCUUCCACUUCUCAAGCAUCUAUCUCAGCAAAACGAUGUCAGACCUUUGCUUUAUGAAAGGUUCCACAUGCCUGAAUGGUUUCAAAAGCAGGGAAUCCCCGCAUCCAGUUGGCCAUCGUUAGAAUAAAAGAACCCUAUGCAGUGAUGGCAUCCAUUCAUAAUUGUCAAAGAUCAUUUCCAUUCAGAAGCAGCACUACUUUGUGUAUAACAUUUAUUUGCGUGACGGAUGAUUGCCGGAAUGCAAAUCUCUGGAAGAAAAGGAUUUUUGUGCUGCUUAUGUCUAUUAGAUGGGCGAACUUUUGUAUGUAAAUUUGUCAAGUCCAGAUUCUUAUGGUAACAUUGCAAUUGGAAUCUUUAUGUAUCCCUCGAACUUGAAAACGACUUGUUCACUAAUGAUCUUCAGCCUAGACAUUCUUUAUAGAGUUGAUGGAUUAACUUCUUCCUUUG